UCCGCUGUUUUUUCACUGCUCGCUCAUUUUAUCAACUCUAAAUCAUGUCUGACGCCGCUGUUGCCGCUCCAGCUCCCGCUGCCACCCCAGCCAAGACACCCAAGAAGAAAGCCGCAGCUGCCAAGCCAAAAGCACCAUCUGCUCAUCCACAAUACAAGAUCAUGGUUGCUGCUGCCAUCACUGCUCUGAAAGAACGCGGUGGCUCAUCUCGUCAGGCCAUCCUUAAAUACAUCAUUGCCAACUACAAAGUAGGAAACAACCCAACUGCAGUCAACGCUCGUCUCAAGGCCGCACUCAAGGCUGGAGUUAAAGCCGGUGGUCUUAAACAAUCCAAAGGCACCGGUGCUGCAGGCUCAUUCCGUCUUGGAGAGAAGAAAGCUGUUGAAAAGAAGCCAAAGGAAAAGAAAGUAGCAGCCAAGAAACCCAAAUCUCCAGCCAAGAAGGUUGCCAAGCCCAAGAAGCCUGCUGCUGCCAAGAAAGCCGCAACCAAAUCACCCAAGAAGGCUAAGAAACCAGCUGCACCAAAGAAGCCUAAGACUCCCAAGAAGGCUGCUGCUGCCAAGCCUAAAAAGCCAAAGAGCCCAGCAAAGCCCGCUGCAGCUAAACCUAAAGUUGCUAAGAAGCCUGCAGCUGCCAAAAAGCCCAAGGCAGCAAAGAAGGCACCAGCAGCAAAGAAAGCAUAAAGCUUUUUCUUUUUGUUUCACCUAAACCAGGUCCUUUUUAGGACCACCCACUUUUCCAGAUGAUUUAGUCUUUCGAGACAUAUAACCAAAUUUUAUUUUACUCUUUCUAUGACUUUCCACUUAU